AUGUCUGAUAACGCUAUCAAAAUCUUUACUGGUAACUCACACCCUGAACUCGCUAAGCUUGUUGCUAAGCGUAUUGGUAUUGACUUGGCCAAGGCUGUUGUGAUGAAGUAUUCCAACCAAGAAACUUCUGUUACUGUUGGUGAAUCUGUUCGUGAUGAGGAUGUCUUUAUCAUCCAAUCUGGUUGUGGUGAAAUCAAUGACAAUUUAAUGGAACUCUUGAUCUUGAUCAAUGCUUGUAAAACUGCUUCUGCUCGUAGAAUCACUGCCGUUAUCCCCUGUUUCCCUUAUGCUCGUCAAGACAAGAAGGACAAGAGCCGUGCUCCCAUCACUGCUAAAUUAACCGCCAAUAUGUUGACCGUUGCUGGUGCCAACCAUGUCAUUACUAUGGAUCUUCAUGCUUCUCAAAUCCAAGGCUUUUUCAACAUUCCUGUAGACAAUUUAUAUUGUGAGCCCUCCAUGAUCAAAUACAUUCGUACCAAGAUUCCUGACUGGACAAAUGCCAUUAUUGUUUCUCCCGAUGCUGGUGGUGCUAAGCGUGCUACCUCUAUUGCUGAUCGCCUUGAAUUGGAUUUCGCUUUGAUUCACAAGGAACGUAAGAGAGCCAACGAAGUCUCUCGCAUGGUGUUGGUAGGUGAUGUACAAAAUAAGAUUGCCAUCUUGGUGGAUGAUAUGGCCGAUACUUGUGGUACUUUGGGCUUGGCUGCAAAGACAUUGAUGGAAAAUGGUGCUGUCAAAGUGUACGCUAUCGUUGCCCAUGGUAUCCUUUCUGGAAAGGCCAUCAAGGUCAUUAAUGACUCUGUUAUCGAGAAGCUUGUUGUUACCAACACAAUCCCUCACCAAGAUAAGAUGGAUAUUUGCCCCAAGCUUGAUGUCAUUGAUAUCUCACCUACUCUUGCUGAAGCCAUUCGUAGAACUCACAAUGGUGAAUCAGUUUCUUACCUUUUCUCUCAUGCUCCCGAGUAA